AUGGCGGCCGCUCCCCCCGCCCGCUCGGCGGUCGGCGCGGCCGCCCCUCACAGCGCCCCGCCAUCGCCCUCGCACCCAGCGCCCACCGUCCUUCCCCUCACAGCGCCCCGCCAUCGCCCUCGCACCCAGCACCCACCGGCCUUCCCCUCACAGCGCCCCGCCAUCGCCCUCGCACCCAGCGCCCACCGUCCUUCCCCCCACAGCGCCCCGCCAUCGCACCCAGCACCCACCGUCCUUCCCCCCACAGCGCCCCGCCAUCGCCCUCGCACUCAGCGCCCACCGUCCGCCUCCCUCACAGCGCUCCGCCAUCGCCCUCGGAACCCACACCAUCUCCUCGCAUCUCCCACCCCUGGGAGAAAGUCAGGAAAUCAAUUGCACUCGGGCUAUCUUGUAACUGUCAUUAAAAAAAAAAAAAAAAAAUUAAGGCGCAACCACAGAGGUAGCACAUUUCUUAGACCAGUCCUUGAAAAUCUACCGGGUUUCAGACAGCCCCUUUCACAAAUGUUUUAUGCUGAGACUGUUCCUCUAGAGGAAACUGCAACUCCCAUCCACCACACAGCACAGAGAAGCAGAUGCCGGUUAUUUCAGAAAAGCAGCAUGGGUGGCCACACUUCCUAAUUGAAAGAGUCCACUCAGACCUGAUGGAGCAGGCUGUGUCAAAGGAAGAAAAAGAGGACCCAGCCAUGUAAAAAGAAUGCCUAUUGCCAAAACAAGUAGAGCAGAAGUCCUCAUCCUUCUCUUUUUACCUCUCUGUGGUUGUCUUCUCUUCAGCAGAAAUAAAGAUCCCUUUAAAUCAAUUUGAAA